GCGAUCAUACAGAAAAAGUGCUUCAUUACAUGUGACUGGUAGACUUUCUAAGGACCAAGAGAGGGAAAGAAGCACCGCAAGGGAACCUUUCCACCUCUCUCUUCAUUGAGAUUCUGUGCCUCUUAGCUUCGCGGUCACUAGCCAUUCAAUUUUUGACACUGUUUUAUUAUCAUAUUGUGGUCUGAAAGGCUGAUAACCAUCUCCCUGACCCUCUCCUUUCUGUGUCUUCGUGUGUAUUGCUGCUAUCUCAGUUUCUCCCCCCUCUCUCUUUCUCUCUCUGGAUCUCUUCUCUCUCUUUGGCAGUGGAAUAAAGUUUAAGUUCCUGUGAUAUUAUCAUAAUAAGAUGGCUACUCCUUCAGUUUGGGUUGAUGCUGUUGUCAAUAAAGCUGCUCAUCUUCUCCCCCAUCUUCCUAAUCCCCUGGGCUCCUCCACUGAUGAGUUAUUAAAGGAGUCCAUUACUUCAAUACUAGACCUCAGUCAGUACCAGUUUGCAGCUGUCAUAAGUGGUUUGUCUAGUUUACUGGAAACCCUUAACAAGGAGUAUCCUCCUACAGUAGCUGAUCCUGCUGUGGUCCAGUCUUACUGUAUUGUCCUGGACUGCUUGGCUUCAUGCUUAUCCCAAAGAGGUACAAUCUCUUUUGAAGAUGGUGACUUGCCCUCACUCCAGCAUUUCUUCCAGAGGAUCACACAACUGUGUCUAUUAUCAGGCCCAGAGACAGAGAAGAUAUCUUUAUCAGCCUGCUCUGUUCUUUAUCAAUUGAGCGGCCUCCAUUUUCACAGCAUCUUUAAUAAGAUUAUACUGAGAGUGACAUCAGUGAAUAGGAUUAGUAAUUUAAGUGAUUCCUCCACUAGCAGUAGUAGCACCUAUAGCUCAGAGCAGUGUGUCAUUCAGCUGAUACCUCAUCUUAAUCUCAAUGCUCCUAGACUCCAGCAGAUACUACAAGUGAUUGUGACCAGUUUCAAAGACCUCAAAAAACACAAGCAAAUGUUUAGUUCAAUACCAGAAAUACUCCACAAGAGUAUAUGGAAUUUUAUGCGCGAGUAUCCAGCAGAGUUUAACGAGGUGUUGAAAAGUGCUUACCCAUCCCUAGCCAGGUCGGCAGAGAAGCUCUUCACGCAGUGUGAUGAAUAUGCUGAUACUGUGAAGAAGAAAGGUCAAAUAUGGCCACUUCAGAACACGCUACUGCUGCUCUGUCCCCAUGUCAUGGAGAGUAUGGCAUUUGGAGACGGAGACAAAGGGAGUCCGAGACACAAGACAACGACUCAGAAAAACUUUCUCUCGUCCGUCAUGAAAGGUUUUGGUAAUAAGCUGCUCUGCGAGGCAGCAGUGAUCUGUGCUACUGACAUGUUCACUGCUUGCACUUAUGUCACUGACAGAUCCAGUCAAAUAUUUAGAUAUUUCGUAACGCAAAUGCAAGGGAACCUACAGAAUCUCUUGUUCUGCCCCUCUUCCCCGUUCCUCCACCAACCCUCAAGUGUUGCUGCUGGCAUGCCAACAUUCUCUGACAUGGACAUGAUGGUUCGCUGUUUGGUGGCACAGUUUCGGCUUAAUCAUCGGAACACUCAUACCUUCAACAUUUGUAUCAACUUUGACUCUCCCCCCUCGUUCAAACUGGCUUUCCUUCAAGCGCUUCACGUUCUCUUGAAAGAGAAGCAGACCAUGUCUUGGUGGCCUGAUUCAGCAGCUGUGUAUGUGUAUGCUACUCAGCUUAGAGCAAUCUUUCAAACUGUUAUUCCUAUCGUCAGAAAGUGUGAUAUGACCAGCCCCACCCUCUCCAAUGACAUUCGCUGCUUCCUCCAGUCCCCAACAGCUGCUAAUAACAUGCUGAACACAAAGAGCAAGACGGAGAAGAAGCAGCUAGUGGAGCUAAUAGUCCACUACCAACUAAUCCAAUGGAUCAUCAACCUCUAUAGCAUGGACCCCAUACUUGCGUUUACUUUUAAGGACCCCUCCGGGGCCGCGGGAGAGUCCCUUCACCUCAUGACCGGGCUCGUUAGUCUCGUACAGCACCAGACCCCGCCCCAUUUAUUCCUUAAUACCAGCGAGGUACUACUUAAACUCCACGAGCCACAGAACAUUGAGCUAUGGGAUCCACUCAAUACAAUGGUUGCCUUUUGGGAUAUCUCAUGUCAAGUAACAUACUCCAUUACUCAGAAGCUUUUCUCUCGUAAGACAACUGAGCCGCUCCAACUACUCAAGUGGCUACGGGAGAUACUUUAUUAUCGGACCUCGUUUCUACGUAAACACAGCCAGGAGGCUUUCCUGGGCGGAGUCAAUAGCAAAGUCUCGCAGCAGCUAUACACUAUGCUUGAAACAGUCUUGCUUCUCUUCUUGCGCAAUAUUGACAUUGAGGCCGUACAAGUUGCCAUGUCUUCUUUCAAGUUUCUUGUCACCGAAGCAGAUCUGGUGAGUUCCCCCACAGAGCCAGUCCCUUAUGCUGCUAAUCUGAGGCCGUACAAACAACUCGAGGCAAUCAGUAAAACACUUUUAAUAGGGCGGGCAGCACAACAGAAAAGAAUACGUUUGAUAUUGAAGGAUUUAGUACACACCCCAGGGAGUGCCCUUGCUUGGGAGGAUACUUACUCCUCCUGGAGGGUGAGUAGGUCGCUCCUUGUUGCUUAUCAUAAUCCACACUCUGAGACCCAACCCCCUGACGUUAUAAAAGGGGCGGAGUCAUUUCCUCACACGCUAAUGCGGAAGGUUAAUAAUUCUUUCAUUGCUAAGCCGUCUGCUAGAAUGCAGGAGACGCUAACUGAGGAAAACCUUCAGGCUACGCUACUAAACUGGACUAACAUGACAGGGUUUCUCUGCUCUCUUGCUGGAGUAUCUACUAAAUCAUUUCAGAAUUAUCCGCUAGGGAUCCUUCCUGGGGUAACCUCCUCUUCUUCCCUACCAGGGGGAGGAGGUGGAGAAAGUGUGUCUCCUCCUAAUAGCGUCGGGACUAUGCCAAGAGGAGUCGACAUGACCGACUGCCCAACAUCAACCUCCUCCACCUCUACCACCUCAAAGGUCAAGAGAAGCUCCAGCUAUCACGGAAACCGACCCAAGAGUGUAGCUAUACACGCUCCUCAAGCUAGACUAGCCAACCAAGAGUCGGUUCGGUUCAGCUCAAGCGGAGAGAGCAUAGCUUCGGUCGAGGAUCCGCUUAGAAACUCAUCAGGUUCUGUCCCUCCUUCGUCAGCUUCCUCGUCACAGACCGAAGGAUUCAUAGCAGAUAUGAUUCAUUUAUUAAGUUGUGAUAACGAGGCUGUGGGUGUCAACAUACGUGAGACUGUCAAAGAAUUUGUAAGUGGCGAGCUCAGUCCGGUGAUAUACCCGUACCUCUUUCAUGCACUCCAGGAGGAGCUGGAGCGUAUCGUGGACACGCUUCAUUUGGAUGUCACAGAGACUAACACAGUUUUUGUGGAUCAGGUGGUCUCCAUAAUUCAGAGGAUCAUGGACUCAAAGACGGAGGGUGGGUUCGAUAAUCUGGUACAUGUUAAAGUCGACCAGGUCCUCCUUGCUCUGUUGAAAUAUGUGUAUAAUCUUGAGAGUAAAGAUGAGCGGUCCCUAACCAUGAAGAUUAAGCUGUGUGGGCUACUCCAAACUGUGGUACAGCACAGUCGUGAGCUCUCAUUCCAUAAUGAGAUACAGUUCAGGAACAGUUUGGUCGAGUGUCUCACUCAAUGGGUCUCUGGUAAACUUGCUGGUGAACACGCAACACACGAGGAAACUCUUAGAAGCGAGUUGGAUCUUAAUGCUAUGAAGGCAGUGGGUGUGGUUUUAUGUGGCCUACCUCUACAGCCUAAGGAUAUUGGUAAUGAUAUUUAUGAAGAGAAGGAGAAACUUUUCUUGAAAUAUUUCAAUACAUUCCUUAACUUGGUUCAUUCGAUGAACAGUGUUGAGACCUCUAAACUAGGUCAGCUAAGAAGGGCCACUAUCACUCGUCAAGUCUCUGCUCUACGUGAAGCUACAAUACUUGCCAUGUCCAACAUGCUCACCGCCAACAUUGACAGUGGACUUACUCAUGCUAUAAGUCUUGGGUAUCACAGUGAUUUAAAGACUCGUACCAGUUUUAUUGAAGUGCUGACAUCCAUUUUGAAACAAGGUGCAGAGUUUAACAGUUUAGCUGACACAGCACUUGCCGAUCGUUAUAAUCAACUCCUUGAACUGGUUACCGUAGAGACAGAGGACGGAGAGCAUCCCAUAAUGGUUGCACUUAUUAAUUCCGUACCUUUCGAUAAUCUGGAUGAAUUGGCUGAGGUUUUGGUCGUCUUGUUUGAUUAUAAGAACAAGUUACCUUCUUUCCUAACGCAGAUACUGCUCACCGAGGUUGAUGCUCUUGAGAGUGGUAAGUUGGAUACUCUCUUUCGUGGGAACACUAUGGCUUGUAAGGUUCUCUCCGUCGCUUUUAAAACCUUUGGACUUUACUACCUCCAGUCUGUCCUCCGCCCCCUCAUUCUCAACUUAAUGAAGACAAGGGACUGUGACUAUGAAGUGGAUCCAAUGAGGAUGCAAGAUCGAUCUAAACUGGAAAGCAACCAGAGUCACCUUUUAGAAGUUGUUAAGUCUUUCUAUGACACAAUCUUAUCUUCAUUACCCAGCCUCCCACUACAACUGAGAACAGUCUGUCACAUACUCUACCAGGUUGUUGUUGGAAGGUUAGAUGAGGAAGGACUUGAUACUGUCAAUAGUGCGAUAUUUCUAAGAUUUAUCAACCCAGCAAUAGUCUCCCCCUCAAGUUAUAAUCUAGUCCAGGGGGAAAUCCCCUCCAAUGCUCGUAGGGCUCUCACUCUCAUCUCAAAGGUUCUUCAGAAUCUUGCCAAUCACGUCCUGUUCAAGAAAGAGGCUCACAUGAAAGUAUUCAACGAGUUUUUAGCAAACAACUUUGAGAAAUCAAGAGAUUUGGCCUGCUCUAUGGCCAGUAUGGGUCCUUAUUUAGACGGUGAAGCUGUUGAGUAUAUUGCCUUCCUCAAGGAAGCAUACAAGUAUCGCUUGCAUUCUCUUCUAUGGAACAAUCAAGACAGAGUGGCCUCUUAUGCUGCUUCAACAAGGGCCAGUAUAACUGUUAGACCGUUAUUUCAUCAGUUGAACACUUUACUGGCACAACUAGGAGCACCUAAUACACCUAAGAAAAGAACAGUCUCACUAGCCACAAGGACUGCAUUAGUCAGUAGUCAGUUGGAGGAGUUCAUUGACAACAUGAGUUCUGAAUGUGAUGAGAAGACUUUAAGGAAAAUUAAAGCAAAAGAAUUUUUUUAUCAGUGUGGUUACUCCAAAGCCGGUAAUCCUUUGUUCUACAUUAUAAUGAGGAAGUUCAGAGGAGAUCAGAUCCACAUCUCCUACCAGUUGCUCUAUCACAUGAUGGUUCUAUUAAAGGGACACACUGAGAGAUCCUUUGAACUAAUCAUUGACCUCACACAGACCACUCAACACAAUGAGCCUGAUUUGGAGCUCCUUAUCAAAUUUGCUGCUUAUGUUCCUGAGAUAAUGAUGUCACAGAUUGAGGCCAUUUACUUUUACAAUCCGAACAUGGCCUUCAGGUCUUACAUUGCCAAUCUCUCAUCUGCUGUGAGGAUAUUCUCUCACAUUAAGGGUUCUAAGAAGAUGAUACUAGUUGAUAGUGUUUCUCGGUUUCAUGAGUACGUGGAGCCAAAGGAGCUUCACCUCCCAGCUGCAACUGUAGAAUUUGAACAAGAAGGAAAAGAUUACAUAGGACAUCACUUAGUGAUAAAGACUCACUCGUCCUCCAUUAGGUAUCCUGCUAGGAUAUCCGUCCAUCAGUGUGGGUUUGUAGUGACUGCAGUUGAGAAGACCGUCUUGUUUGAUCAUCCUGCUUAUCUCAAGGAAAUGCAUCACAUCUCUGACAUAAGAGAAGUAUUAUCUGAAAGCAAGAAUGCUUUAGUUGUUCGUCUUGUUGAUGAAGGUCAGAUAGUUCGUCUCUCCUCUCCUUCGGCUGAGGUUAUCGUGAAAGACCUUCAAAGUGCCAUCACGAGAUGGCACAGCCAGCAACCAAGUCGUUAUCUUAACGAGAGGAAGCUUGAGCCUAAAGAUGUUCCAGGGACUUUUCUCAACCUUGCCUUCCUUAACUUAGGAUCCUCUGAACCGAGAUUAAGAGUGGCAGCAUACAAGCUGCUGUGUGCAGUGAAGGAUGCAUUUAAACUACAAAUUGAAUAUGCACUUGAUGACUCACAUGAGUUGUGCAUCCCUCAUACAUGUUCUCAGUUUGUUCUUGACAUCAGUCAGCAGUUAGCUGUCAAGGAAGCUCACCUUACUCUUGAGUUCCUCUCCGAAGUGGUUGCAGGGUUCCAGCGUUACUCAACUGCUUGCAAGCAGUUGUGUCUGGCGUAUCUCAGCCCCUGGAUGCCUAACCUCUCGCAUUAUGUGGUGAGGAAUGAGACCAGCCGGGCAGAGCAAGAAAAACUUGUUAAAAUAUUUGAUCUUCUCGUAUCUCUUAGUAUCUCUGAAGUAGAGAUGUACCCACUCAUUCAAGAGCAUGUUUGGUGUAGGAUUAGCUCAGAACCUGACCUGCUUCGUUCAGUACUUGAUAGUUUUAUUAGAGCUUGUAUAUCAGAUGGGCCUGCUAGUCUAAAAGUUAAAGUCCUAUCUGAUACAACAGUCACUCUCUCAAGACAUCAUGGAGGGAUUGUGUCCCAGACUGUAGUGAAGAGAAUGUUAAAGACACUAAUGGCUACGAAUGAGAAACCUACCAAUACACUGGAGCAGCAUUACUUGUGGGUGGAGCUGGCUGUACUCUCACAGUUUCUGGUCAAUUUAUCAUUUAAUAAUUAUCUAAAUGUUAUCUCUCAUCUUCCUGAUCUAUUCUAUAUAUCUAUCAUUAUGAUUGGUCACGGUACCAUUACUACUAAAGCUGCUAUUCACGGUCUGAUCAUAAACACUCUUCACUCCUUACUCACCAUAAAGCAUAUUGCUGAACACGCUGAUGUUAUGAAGGUUGUCACUUUGAAGUUAGUAGAAUUCUCUCAGCCAUCCAUCUAUAUGCAGUUUGGUCUCCAUAAUGCAAAGACAGCUAUAGAAGGUGUCCAUAUACACAAUCCUCAGGCACACCAUCAGUCCAUGCAGUCAUCAGAUUAUACCAAGGACCCACUGAGCACUAACACUAUACUGGCAGUGGUGGAGCACCUUCAUGAUGUAAUGGGCUCGAUCCGGACCGUGUACCCUGAUGUGGAGUGGCAUUUGAGGUGGCAGAAACUAGCUAGGAGGUCUGCCUUUUCUCCCAAUCCCUCCCUCCAGACUCGAUCCUUCCUAAUGUUAGGUGUCAUCAGCAGUCAUGCUUCAUCUCACGUCAUCACUCGUACUCUUAAAGUCAUGGAAGAAUCUGUGCUCCAGCACCAGGAGAAUAUAUCACUCCUUGAGUCUAUAGUAACCUGCUUGACUAGAAUGAUACCUUUACUGGACCAUACAUCAAAGCUAACUCAUCACUUGUUCUGGGUGGCAAUUGGUGUCCUACAGCUUGAAGAUCCAACACUCUAUGCUGCUACCCUGGGCCUUAUUGAGGGCUGCAUCAAAGCUUUCACUAAUUAUGGAGAAUUAGCUAAAAAUUCACUAGCUGAUGUUGUUCAUCCAGCAAGAGAGUCUUUGCUAUGGCAGCUGAAUCAUCUUGACAGAGAGGUUGGGAUAUCAUUUGACAGUGAUUUCAAUUUUGCACUCUCCACUCUGUUGUUUAAAGGAUUCUCUCAUUCAUUAUCAACAGUAAGGACUAGGACCCAGGAACUACUAACUACACUGUUCUUCCUUCAUUCGCCUCAUGACAGCGAUACUUUCCAAGUGAAUGAGCACAAUCUGGCUUACCUGACUGCACUCUUUCCAGAGAGUGAUAUAGUGAGACAGCAGCUACAAGACAACAGGACAAGACUCAUGACGUACAUACCAUCAAGAAGUGCGAGUGAGGGACAAGUCAGUACUCAGAAGCCGUUCUCCUACACUCCGCUACUUAACACUCACAUAAUAGCAACCCACAAGUCUCAGAUACUCUUCCUUCACUUAUUGGCAUCUGCCCUCUUACAAACUCAAAGUCAAAAACGAGUUCAAUUGCUGUACGAGUUUUUAGCUGAUGCAAGCAAUGUCUUUGUCGACAUCUUUCCUCUUAUACAACUCUAUUUAACGCCCCACUUAUCUGAGACCCUAAGAACGAGUGAGAACUCUGACAUUAUAAAAGCUGUCCAGAAACUAAUCCGUAAUGCCGUGGUCACCUCCUCCACUUCCUCGCUCAUAAAACCCUCCUACAUCACUGACGUUGGUUUUGGAGGCGUCACGGAAUUCUUCAGACCUUUCCCUAAGAAUGCUUCGCUGGAGCACACUCAGAGGGCUGCCUUUUAUCAGAGGUAUAUUGAAGCUCUUAUACAAGAGAUAUCUCCAGCUGAUGGAAUGGACAGGAUGCCCUCUACUUCUUCUCUCUCGUCUGUCACUGAUUUAUCUGAUGCUUUCCUCUCAACAGCUUCAGCAGGAGGAGGAGGAGGAGGAGGAAAAAGGUGUAGGUCUAGAUCCAGUUCCAAGCCCAGCACCCGUGAGAAUACUCCCGAAAUUGAGAAUAUUCUGGAAGAAGUUGAGGAUGAGAUUGGAGAGAUACCGCCCGAUGGAUCGGCCGUGUAAUGAACCAAUAAUUUUGUGUAUUUUUUGUCAUUUUUUCGAACCCUUACAUCUCUCAAUGAUGAUGAUUAAUAAUAAUUUAAAAUCAGUUCUCUUUUUUUCCUUUUAUUAUUCUUAAUAAUGAUUAAUUGUUAUUAUUAUUAUUCUCUUUUCUUUUUGUGUGUUUUGUAACUAUUAUUAUUAUUAUUAAUGGAAUACAUUGUACAGGUUUUAAAAUUAAAUUGAAAUCAAGUUUGAUAGUCUGAAAA